AUCAAAUUAGAUAUGCCAACAUUGUUUGAAUUAAUAUCACCCUUUUUGAUAGGAGGUAUUUCAGGAUGUACAGCUACAACCUUUGUACAACCUAUGGAUACAGUAAAAGUAAGAAUUCAAGUCAGAAGUGAACUUAAAGGAUAAGGUUAAGCUGUAAAUAUCAGCACUUUAGAAAUUGUGAAGGAUAUUAUUAAAUCAGAAGGACCCUUCGGAUUUUACAAAGGGUUGAUAUAAAUAAUAUAUUAUUAGAAUUGGAGCUGCUCUAUUAAGAUAAGUCACUUAUGCUACAACUCGUUUAGGAUUAUAUAGAGCAAUAGAUGAUCAUUAUAAAAGAACACAUGGUAGAAGCAUGUACUUCACAGAAAGAUGUUUAGCAUCCUCAUUUUCAGGAUUUGUUGGAUCAAUUGUAGGAAACCCAGCUGAUUUAUGUUUGGUUAGAUUCUAAGCAGAUACUCUCUUACCAGAAGCAUAAAGAAGAAAUUAUAAGAAUGUAUUUGAUGCUCUCCACAGAAUUGUUAGUGAAGAGGGACUCUUAACUCUCUGGAGAGGAUCAUUACCUACAGUCAUCAGAGCUAUUGCUAUGAAUUUAAGUAAUUUUAUAUAUUAUCUUUAAUAGGUAUGUUAACAACCUAUGAUUAAAUUAAAGAUAUUAUAGUCUCACUUCAUGGUAAAGGAAAAGAAGACUAUACCGAUAAACUAUUGUAUAAAUUCUUUUCUUUAUUUCUCUCUUAGAUCUUCUGCAGCAGCUGGUAUUGGAUGUGCCAUUGCUUCAUUGCCUCCUGAUAAUCUCAAAACCAAACUUUAAAGAAUGAAAAAAGAUCCAGUUACAGGACAAUUCCCUUAUAAAAAUAUCGGAGAUUGUUUCCUUAAAGUAUUUCCUACUCUAUUAUUAAUUUAGACUAUACAAAGGGAAGGUGUUACAGGAUUAUGGGUUGGCCUCCCAGUUUUUUAUACAAGAGUUGGACCACAUGCAAUGAUUACUUUGUUAGUCUAAGAUACAUUGACUCAAAUGUGGAAUCCUCCAAAGUAAAAAAAUUGAUAUUCAUCUAAAAAUUAUACAUUUAAUCACAAUUCUG